CCGUCUACAGUGGAGAAAACUACAGCUUGUCGCCGAGUCACUGUGAUUAUUACAAAACACAGAAACAUUUAUUUUCCUCCGUUGAUUCUGCUUUAAAAAACGAUUCGACGAUCAAAGGAUGUAUAUAAACCCGUAAUUUACGCCUUGAAGCCUUUCUAGUCGAGCUGAUAAUGCUUAAAAUGAAGCUGCCCAUGAGAACUGCGGAGGCAGAAGGAGACGAUACGGCCGAGGAACAGCCGGAUCUCCAUAUUCCAAGAUCUGUCUCUCCCACGGUCUCUGACAGGCUCGAAGGUUCUUCUAGACACCCAGGAUAUCCAUCUCAAUUGGAUAAAGAGACCGUUUUCGAGUGGUUUGGUUUGCAUCUAAAUCCUGCCAAGCGGAUCGAGUUUAUGUGCGGACUGCUGCAUAUGUGCCAGCCACUCGAGCUCCGGUUUUUGGGCUCCUGUCUGGAGGACCUGGCACGGAAAGAUAACCACGUUCUACGGGAUGUCGAGAUAAGGGCCAACAGUCCGAAUGAUUUGGCCAUUUUAUCAAAUGUUAUCGACCCUGUCGUGCGCUCCAAACUGCUGGUCUGCUUGUCUCUUCUGGGAUCUGACAGCAGGGAGUGUGCGGGAAUACUAUUUCGGAUACUGAGCCAUGUGGAUCCCUCCUUGUUCUACAAAAACUAUGGCUACUCUGUUUCGCCCUUCAAGGACUCUCAACAGCACCCGUUCCAUUCUCCGUGUGUGGACGGGAAAGCGUUCGGGAGAAUAGAACAGAAUUGCGGGCUUCCAAUGGAGGCAGCGAUCGGACCCUUGGAGCAGUUGGCGCUGCUUUUUACUAUGGCCUCCCUGCAUCCAGCGUUCCCUUUUCAUCAAAGAGAAACAGUUCUAGAGCAACUGGACAAAAUUGAACUUGCUAUAGAGGACGAGAGACAGCAGAAUCAGCGCAGAAUAAACGCCCAGCACAACAAGGCCCAGAAAGCAGAGGACCAGGGCCCAGCAGCAGUCACCACCGAGGCCAGUCUGGGUGAGAGGACGCAGGCGCAGGGACAGGCUCGUCACGCCAGCGAGACACCCCCCAGCAGGAGGGCCCAGAGGGAAGCUGUGCAUAUAAAGAAGAUCGUGUUGAAGGGGAUCUCACGGAGGAGGACAGACAGGGAAUACAAUUUUGUGGUAAAGUGGUCCGACUCCUCAUCCAGCAAUGUCACGAAAACACAUCUUGAACUGGAAAGCUUCUUGUUGAAGCUUCCGAAGGAGCAGUCUACCGAGUCGUUUGAAAAGGGCAUCCUCCAGCUCCUCAACCAGGGAGACCAGUACGAGAUCAGGGAAGUGGAGGGGAACCUCAAGGAGAAGUUUCUGUCGGCUCCACAAGCUUUCCGACAGACAAGCAAGGUCUGUGGCUUCUUCCGGUGUGAGUCCUCCUCCAGCCCCAGCUGCAGCAGAUUUAACCCCGUGGCCCUGGGGAAGCCAUACAAAGAGGACUGCUCAGAGGCAUCCAGCCAGGAGGAAGGUGUGUAUUUGGAGCCGUACGUUCAGGGGCACCGGAAGACACAUGGCAGCAAGAGCUCCAGCCUUAACAUUCCCAAUGCCAAAAGUUCCCAGGGUGAGAGCAGUCGGCGGGGACCCCACGGCUCUGAGCACAACGGCCUGCCAGACUGGAGGAGGAAGAGCUGCACACUCAAACCCAACCAGGACGCCUCUGGGGGGCUGGGCCCAGAGCAGCAUCAGGACAGUGAGAAGAGAAGCAGCCACCCUGCCACCAAGAGCAAGCCACGAGCACUGGAACCAGACAGGGAAAAGGGGAAGAAAGGAGAGGGAAGAGCUGCCUACUUGACGAAUGGGAGCAUGGUGCCUCCGGCUUCUCAGCGAACGCGACAACCGACAGGGAAAGGUUGUGUGUGUCCAGACGUCCGUCUAGACGGAGGCUUCAGUCAGGACGUGUACGGAGACACCUCAUCUGAGAGCUACAGCUCCCCCUCCAGCCCCCAGCACGACGGACCAGAGAGCCUGGACAGUGAGGACGAGAAGGACAAAGAUACAGAUAGUCACUCAGACGACUCCAGCAGCCAGGGCAGAGCGGACGCUCUCUUCCCCUGCCAGGAGGUUGCAGGGGGGGGCUUGCCCACCAUCCACCCCCUGGCCUCUGCCAAGCCUGCUGGGGAGCACCUCUGCCCUGAGACCAUCCCCAACUUUCCCCCCAUCACCUUUAUGCACCCCCUGCCCUACAUGUUGCCCAAUGGAGCACUGCCCGCCGAUGCCUCUCUGCCAGUCCUGCCCCCUCCUCAGGUGGCAGCGGCCCUGGUAGACAACAAGGUUGUAGGAGGACUGAUCAUGCAGGUGCCCCUGGUCCUCCGAGAGCCCAUGCCCACCCCAGUGCCAGUUCCUGUGCCAGGGGACACAGAGAAGAGGGAUGCCCUUGCUGCAGUGCCCAUGGUGCUUCCAGGGUUUGGCUCCCCCGCCCUGGGCUUACACCCCCCUGGCAGCCCUGCCCUGCAGCCCCUGGUCCAGCGCUUCAAGACGGCCCCUCCUAAGGCCACUGCCACCUCUGAGGGUGUCACCGCCCCCCCUGCCCACCAGCCCCCGGUUGGAGCCAUCAGCGUCAUCGCUCCCGGCCCGCCCUAUGCCUCACCCCUGCAGCCGGCCUACCCCGACCCUGCCGCCACCCCCCUACCCCCCUCUGUACCCCUAGGGGAACCUAGCAUCCCUCACGCCAAGCACCCGGGCAUGGCUCUUCCCUCAGGCCUGCCCUCUCCAUACACCAUGCCCCCCAUCCCCACCUCCGUCAUGGCCACGCUGGGGGCAGGGGUAGCCGGAGUAGGGGUAGUGCCCACAGCUGGACAGGUUCAGGCGGUGGUGCCCCCGUCUGUGCCCACCCACAACCCCGGUCCUGCGCCCAGCCCCAGCCCUGCCCCUACCCACAGCACGGCACAGAGCGACUCCACCUCCUACAUCAACAGCACCAACUGUGCCAGUAACCUCGUCGCCCAGCAUCAAGCGCAACCACAACAGCAGCAACAACAACAGCAGCAGCAGCAGCAGGCGACCCCCCAGCAACAGCCCAUGUGCUGCGGGGCGUGCGGUUGCCGGGGAGGCUGCGGCACCAGCAACAACAGCCACACGGCGCCUUCAUUCUUCUUCCCCCACCAGAUGCCGCCGCGGCAGGUGUUCGGUGUGCCGCCCAUCUUCCAGCUGACGUCCCUGUGCAACAGCAGCUACCUCAGCCAGCCGCCCCUCCAGAGCAACGGCCAGGCCCAGCUGCCCUUCUUCCCAUCCGCCCCGGCCCCCUACGCCGGCCAGACCCUGCUGCACACACACCCCCACUCCCACUCUGACCACCUAUUGGGCACACAGCAAGGCUACAGCCUCCAGCAGAUGGCACCUUACAGCCGCUUCUACCCACACAUCUACCCCUCCAGUGUGGGCAUGGUGCCCGGGGCAGGAGGCGGAGGUGCCCUGGGGGUAGCAGUCAGCGUCAACAAGAAGAACGCCAACGUCUCGUGCUACAACUGUGGGGUCAGUGGCCACUACGCACAGGACUGCAAACAGCCCUCCAUUGACUCGACACAGCAAGGUAAUAGCGCCACCGCCAGGGGCAGGGUGGAGCGGGGAGGGGCGGCCGCUGGCCUCUUCGGACGGCCCCCUCCGCCCCCCCUGCAGCACUUCACCCCCAAGUAGAGGUCAGCCCUCAGGACUGACCCCCCUCACCCCGCUCUUGAUCUCUCUCUUACACACCAGUGCCCUACACCCACCCACACAGAGGGCACCCUUAAUCAAGCUUGGUAAGUCACACCUUUGCAGUAACCCUCCCCACCCCCUACCCCCCAAAACCAGACUAUUAGCCACCCCCAUUUCCAUUUGCAGGACUUAUUUAGAGCCAGGAGCUGCUGUAAAGGGCUCUUUCAUCUCAGGAGACCUGUGGACAUUUCUCUCAAACUCUCUGUUAGCAGGGCAAAGACAAAACACAGCAGAACAGUUAAAAAUGAAAAACACAGACCAAAUGACAUGACACACAUGUCAAGCAGAGGAAACGAUUAGGUGCAGGUUGGGAAUUUGUAGACAUCUCAGUGGAACCUUGUCUUUUUGCUUACUUUCUCUGUUUAUUUUUAUCGUUUCCCAUUUCUUAUUUGUUCGACUGACGCCCCCUCCCCUCCCCUCCCCUCUGUUUUUCAGGUGGCUUUCGGCUGAAGUACGCCGCCUCCCACUCUUCCGAAGCACUAGACAACGCCGACUGAAGAAGUCUUCUCAUUCCGCCAUCUUGUUUCUUGUCAUGUGCGGUCAGAGACCCCUCCAUUUCAAGAGAGCAUCACUCAACGUUUCCCUGGCAUUAACCAGGUUUCCAUCCAACUUUUUUAUGCGGGUAAAUACAUGUCGGAUAAAAAAAUUCAUGACAGGCCUGAUGGAAAUAAAAAUGUGUCGGUAAACUUUCCAGAUCUCGACAAAACAAAAUAUGCUAGACAAGGUGGGAUCUUUUUGUGUAGGUAAAAUGCGAUGGAAAUGCCUUUAU